UUUUUUUUUAAAUCAUCAUUAUUUCACCAGGAUAUUUAUAAAAUUAUGAUUUAUACAGAGAUUCAGUAAAUGGAAUUGUCACAGGUAUCCUGAUGAUAUUGCAACGGAUGGUCCCUGGUGAUUCCAAUCCUUAGUAAAGUGCUUUGGGUUCUUUAUUGUUUGUGACUACAAACUAUAGGGGAAUGGUUAUCAUCACUAAACAGUAAGACUUCUUUCAAGAAAGCUUGAAUUAUUAUAAUCUUCAUAGGAUGCUUUCUUAUACUUAAUGGCCAACCCCAUUCUGAUCUUCUCUUUGCAAACCAAUUAAAUGCAUCAGUGUCAGAAGUGCAAAAUUAUUCUUGCCUUUUGCACUUUGGACAUAUUUAUGUGUCAGUAUUAUGUUUCUUACAAAUACAAUAACCUCCAUAUCACCUGUUAUAGUCCUUCCUGUUUAGGUUAUGCAGACGGUAGUGGCCAUGAGGAUGUCCAAAAGCAUUUCCAAGAUGAGCUUUCCAAAAUUCUGAGAACGAGAACACUUUUGUACCAGAAGUUGUGCGUCAUGUUUGUGUGCCAUCGCCCAACCCUAAACUCUCUAAACAUGAGUAACCUGACCUGUUCAUCACUGUUUAGAGGUAAACAUUAAACCAUGCUAUUAUAAAGAGACAAUACAAAGGCUAAGAUAACAAGUCAGAGACAGAUUUACUUGAAAAGAAAAAGUGUGUGAAAAAGUGGGGCAGACUGGAAAAGAGAGAUCAUAUUGACAUACACUUCUACUUGCUUCUGCCAAACUCCUGAAUAUCUGUAUAGAAAGCUCUGCAGCAGACUCAGCUGUUACAUCUUAAAAAUGCCCUGGUCAUUACGUCAGUUCAUAAGCAGCUAUGUAACACGGCGCCGGAAGAAUCGUUCCCGUUUGAUAACCAAAGAAGGCCACUGUAACAUUGAAUAUGGAAAAAUGAAAUACAGGGCCUUCUUUGCCUAUAUUCUUGACAUCUGGUCUACCUGUGUGGAGAUGCCCUGGUACUCCUUAACGUUUCUCUAUACAGCGUCCUUCAUUUUCAGUUGGGUUAUUUUUACAUUUAUCUGGUACUGGGUUGGCUUUGCUAAUGGAGACUUGUGGUUUCAAUACCCAUCAGCUAAUCACAGUGCAUGUGUACUUAAUGUCUAUGACUUAACCACUGCAUACCUCUUUUCAGUUGAAACAGAGCUGACUAUUGGCUUUGGUUUUAGACUAAUAACACCACUUUGUCCCAGUGCAAUUACUGCCUUUAUGUUUCAGGUUGUUAUUGGUAUGCUCAUUACAUGCUUUUGGUGUGGUGUGCUCUUAGCCAAAAUUUCCUUGCCCAAGAAAAUAGCCAAAGCUGUCACUUUCAGUAAGUCAGCUGUCAUCUGCUUUAAAAAUGGCUCACUCAGUUUACAGAUUCGUGUAGCCAACAUUCGCAAAAGCUUGUUACUCGGCAGUCAAAUCUAUGGCAAGCUUAUUAGGACAAGAGUCACCCCUGAAGGAAAAACUUUUAUCAUGGAGCAGGUCAACGUUGACUUCAUGGUGGAUGCUGGAAAGGACAACUUGUUUUUUGUCUGUCCCUUAACCUUAUAUCAUGUGAUUGACAACACAAGUCCGUUCUUCCAAAUGGCCGUGGAUACUCUGCCCCAGCAGGAAUUUGAGUUGGUGGUAUUUUUAGAUGGCACAGCUGAAACCACCAGCUAUUUAUGCCAAGUCAGGACUUCUUACCUCCCUCAAGAAAUUAUAUGGGGAUACAAGUUUCUCCGAAUUGUCUCACGGAGUAAAGAGGGAAAAUACCACAUUGACUUCUCCAAUUUUGACAAAGUGGAACCUGUACCAACUGCUCACUGUGCAUCUUGCUAUCAUGAUUUGAAUGGCCAUCAUAACUUCUCCAAAGAUGGCAUUGAUAAUAAAGGGUUUGAGGUGAUAGAAAUUGGCAGUCAAAUUAGUCAAACUCUGUGAAUACAUGAAUGAAUGGCAUAUGUUUAUGUUUAACCUUAAUAUGAAAGAUACUUUUAGUAAUCGGCAUGAGGAAAAACAAGUUUUAAUCAUGAAGUGUAGCCAAAAUACAACAU